GUCCAAACCGACAUUUUAGAUUCUAAAAAAGAGAGUUCUCGCCAUGGAUAAUGCUCCACGAGACGCAGAAACUGAGGCAUCAUCGCCGCAACUUGCCAGGGUUCUUCCAGAGCUCAUAGAAACUCUACAGCGAUUGAUCGAGGCGCAAAAGCGGCCAUCCGAUGACUCAACUCAAUCUGUCUCUCAAAGGUUUCAAAGAGGCCCCCAAGAUUUGGUCGGAAAGGCCUUGGAUGAAGAAUUCCAUGGUGAGCAACUAAAAAACAUCCCAAAGUGGGGAGAGGUUCAAACUCUUUCUCUCAAAACAAUUGACGAAGAAAACGAUGCUUGUAUCGCAAAGUAUGAAGAGUUUUGGAAGGGGCGUGAAGGCACUGCAACGGAGAUUGAGACCACAAACAAGGUGUACCAGUCGGCAUUUGAACGUUUCCAGGAUCUAUAUCACUGCCUAGGAUGGCGAGAGAAUGAAGACCUCACACUUAAUUAUGACUACCUGUGCAAGCACCGCCAUUUUCUCACCGAGUCUAUCUUCGCGAUUGAGGCAUAUCGAAUGAAAAGGCUUCCUCGACUCCAGGAACCCACACGGGCUUCGUUUGAGUAUUCACGUUUGCCCCGCCUGCUACUAAUAUUGAUUCGGAUUGAGAGUCGGCAAAAUAUGCAAAAUAAAUGUCGUCGGACGACUGACGAUAGUACGACAAAUCGUGAUGACAAUAAUGAAGGGAUGAACGCCUCUACAAUUUUAGCUGUUUUGAUUCAAGUGGCGCGAACUAUAGACCGGGUAAGCUGGGCCGAUGGGUUGAAUCAAAUGAGUUUACAAGAACUUCUUCGGAUCUGCUACUCCCACAGGGUCCUCGAGCAGCCGAGAUCUAACGAUCCUGAACGGCAGUAUGAGCAUAUGCAACUCUUAACUGACUGUCUCAUGGCCUUGGAUUUUACGCAUCGGUUCAGAGAAAUUCGCCCCCCGCUGUCUAGAACCUUCUAUUUUCGGUAUUUAGAAGAGCCAAUUCACAAAAUCUUGGAUAUGAUCAUAGCACACGAUCAAAAUUCGCGUGGCAUCGAUCAUUUCAAGCAGCUUAGGUUGCAAGAAUCUGCUAGUCCAACAUUCAUACCUGAGCAUUUCACUAUUCAAUAUUUGCAGGACUUUGGAAAUCUGGAGAUAGAGUGGACCGACUGUCUAGAUGAGCACCUGAAGAUAUACUCGGGUCGAAAUGCCAUCCGGAUAUUUGCUCACCCUACAUUCUUUUAUAAUUGCAUCGAUCUCUUUAGGGAAGGGAGGGAUUAUGUAGAACCCAUAUUCAAAGAACUAUCGCUAACCUAUGCCCUGCUAUUCCGACCUUCCUCAAAGAGAAAGCUGAACACUUUAAACAAGCUCAUUAUGGUCAAAAAUUCAUCGCAUGGAUGCGUCACCUUCGCUGGCCAUGAGACCCCUCAUUUUUACAGAGCGCGGAAAUAUGGAGAAUAUGAAAAUAUGGCUGCUGAGAAUAUUGACCUCGAUAUAUCUCGGAGCCCUACAAAGGGAUUACUGGAUAACUUCUUUCGCUGUUCGCUACCUCCAAGUCUACAAGCUGCUUUCAACAUCUCACAACCAACCAAAAUGAUCCAAAAAACACAUUCACGGGAUCAACAUAAAACCACACAAGCGACCAUGCAUCAGAUCCUAGCACUCGCCUCUUGUCCAGAAGAUAUCAAGUUUAUGGUCAUAUCGCUAUUGCAACGGGAUUUUGGAGAAUUUGAGGCAUUCCAGACCUUUCCUUAUUUUGGCUCCCGCCUGCGACAGCUGAAGACCUAUCUAGACACCCAUCAGCCACGGACCUGGCUGCAGCUGUGGCGCGACGACCGAGAUAUUCGUGCAUGGUGGAUGUUUUGGACCUUUGUGGGCUUUGUCUGUUCCAUUAUACCAGCAUGUAUUGUGGUGGCCAUCUUGCAGACUGUUUAUUUUGCUCGCUUUCAUUAUAUGACCGUUUGAAGAGGCUUCAAAUUAGAUACAAGAUUGGUUAAUUUUAUACCUAGGUGAUGUGAUUGAUGCAUGAUAUAAGCAGCAUCAGUAAAUUAUAUGCGAAGUCU